CGCAUAGUUGAUGUGGGCAUCGGGCUGCUGUCGGCUUCGAUUCUCGGUCUUGCUCCGAUGGACGCCAACGCCACCAGGAUCGAGUACUACGCCACGGUGGGAGAGCCUAUGUCUCCGAUUCAGAUCUGCCUCACCGAUCCUACCGCACAGCCAGGCCCUGCAGCUCCUUCGCCGCAGUUCUCUCCGCCUUCAACUCCUCGUACUGGCUCGCCUUCUUAUCCUCCUCCUACUCUCCUCGGACAAAGCAACGACGACCAGUCUGAAAUCCCAAUUCGCCAUCUCCCCGCGGCGACGUUUCCAAUCCGAACCGUGCCCAACAGAUCGCCAAUAGCCAGAGUCGGGCUUGAUUUGGAAAUCUGGGGAUUUUCCUUGUCGGUCAGUUGGGACUACGCGUGGAGGGACUUGGGCUCAUGGAGUUGCUCAGAAACUAGAUCUGGAAACCAGAUCGUUGGAUUCACUCACCUGCAGAUGUUGAAUUUCAUGGCGGCAAUCACUGCGAUUUCGGCGCAGUUCCAGAUCGGGUUCUUCUUCCUGGUUUGAAGAAAUCCCUUUCGUUUCUCACCACCGAACCCAUCCUCCAUCGAUGAACUGAUUGGGCGAAUCUCGAGGAAGCAAUAUCAGCUGCAAGAGGGAGCAGUGGGGAUGGAGGAUUUGGAGUCGGUAGGUCGAUGGAGGAUUUGGAGUCGGAGAGCGGUUGUUCACGGCUGCGGGCGGUGGUUUGAUGGCAUCGCUGGUGGGAAUCGUAGGGGAAAGGAGGGAUGAAGAUGAUGUUGACGGCGGCGAACAAUGGUGGGGGAGGUACAGGGAGGAAGAUGAAGUUUUUUGUAUAAAAAAAUUUUAUUUUU